UCCGUCCUCGUCGUCUGCGCCGUCCAGCAGCAGCUCUGCGCCGUCCUCGUCGUCCGCGCCGUCCAGCAGCAGCUCUGCGCCGUCCUCGUCGUCCGCGCCGUCCAGCAGCAGCUCCGCGCCUUCCUCGUCGUCUGCACCGUCCAGCAGCUCUGCGCCGUCCUCGUCGUCUGCGCCGUCCAGCAGCAGCUCCGCGCCAUCCUCGUCGUCCGCGCCGUCCAGCAGCAGCUCCGCGCCGUCCUCGUCGUCUGCGCCGUCCAGCAGCAGCUCUGCGUCGUCUUCGUCGUCUGCGCCGUCCAGCAGCAGCUCUGCGCCGUCCUCGUCGUCCGCGCCGUCCAGCAGCAGCUCUGCGUCGUCUUCGUCGUCUGCGCCGUCCAGCAGCAGCUCUGCGCCGUCCUCGUCGUCUGCGCCGUCCAGCAGCAGCUCUGCGCCGUCCUCGUCGUCCGCGCCGUCCAGCAGCAGCUCUGCGCCGUCCUCGUCGUCCGCGCCGUCCAGCAGCAGCUCUGCGCCGUCCUCGUCGUCUGCGCCGUCCAGCAGCAGCUCUGCGUCGUCCUCGUCGUCCGCGCCGUCCAGCAGCAGCUCUGCGCCGUCCUCGUCGUCCGCGCCGUCCAGCAGCAGCUCUGCGCCGUCCUCGUCGUCCGCGCCGUCCAGCAGCAGCUCUGCGCCGUCCUCGUCGUCCGCGCCGUCCAGCAGCAGCUCUGCGCCGUCCUCGUCGUCUGCGCCGUCCAGCAGCAGCUCUGCGUCGUCCUCGUCGUCUGCGCCGUCCAGCAGCAGCUCUGCGCCGUCCUCGUCGUCCGCGCCGUCCAGCAGCAGCUCUGCGCCGUCCUCGUCGUCCGCGCCGUCCAGCAGCAGCUCUGCGUCGUCCUCGUCGUCUGCGCCGUCCAGCAGCAGCUCUGCGCCGUCCUCGUCGUCCGCGCCGUCCAGCAGCAGCUCUGCGCCGUCCUCGUCGUCCGCGCCGUCCAGCAGCAGCUCUGCGCCGUCCUCGUCGUCUGCGCCGUCCAGCAGCAGCUCUGCGUCGUCCUCGUCGUCCGCGCCGUCCAGCAGCAGCUCUGCGCCGUCCUCGUCGUCCGCGCCGUCCAGCAGCAGCUCUGCGCCGUCCUCGUCGUCUGCGCCGUCCAGCAGCAGCUCCGCGCCGUCCUCGUCGUCUGCGCCGUCCAGCAGCAGCUCUGCGCCGUCCUCGUCGUCCGCGCCGUCCAGCAGCAGCUCCGCGCCGUCCUCGUCGUCUGCGCCGUCCAGCAGCAGCUCUGCGCCGUCCUCGUCGUCUGCGCCGUCCAGCAGCAGCUCUGCGCCGUCUUCGUCGUCCGCGCCGUCCAGCAGCAGCUCUGCGCCGUCCUCGUCGUCUGCGCCGUCCAGCAGCAGCUCUGCGCCGUCCUCGUCGUCUGCGCCGUCCAGCAGCAGCUCUGCGCCGUCCUCGUCGUCUGCGCCGUCCAGCAGCAGCUCUGCGCCGUCUUCGUCGUCUGCGCCGUCCAGCAGCAGCUCUGCGCCGUCUUCGUCGUCUGCGCCGUCCAGCAGCAGCUCCGCGCCGUCCAGCAGCAGCUCUGCGCCGUCCUCGUCGUCCGCGCCGUCCAGCAGCAGUUCUGCGCCGUCUUCGUCGUCCGCGCCGUCCAGCAGCAGCUCUGCGCCGUCCUCGUCGUCCGCACCGUCCAGCAGCAGCUCCGCGCCGUCUUCGUCGUCCGCGCCGUCCAGCAGCAGCUCUGCGCCGUCCUCGUCGUCCGCGCCGUCCAGCAGCAGCUCUGCGCCGUCCUCGUCGUCCGCGCCGUCCAGCAGCAGCUCCGCGCCGUCCUCGUCGUCCGCGCCGUCCAGCAGCAGCUCUGCGCCGUCCUCGUCGUCCGCGCCGUCCAGCAGCAGCUCUGCGCCGUCUUCGUCGUCCGCGCCGUCCAGCAGCAGCUCUGCGCCGUCCUCGUCGUCCGCGCCGUCCAGCAGCAGCUCUGCGCCGUCCUCGUCGUCCGCACCGUCCAGCAGCAGCUCCGCGCCGUCUUCGUCGUCCGCGCCGUCCAGCAGCAGCUCUGCGCCGUCCUCGUCGUCCGCGCCGUCCAGCAGCAGCUCCGCGCCGUCCUCGUCGUCCGCGCCGUCCAGCAGCAGCUCCGCGCCGUCUUCGUCGUCCGCGCCGUCCAGCAGCAGCUCCGCGCCGUCCUCGUCGUCUGCGCCGUCCAGCAGCAGCUCUGCGCCGUCCUCGUCGUCUGCGCCGUCCUCGUCGUCUGCGCCGUCCAGCAGCAGCUCCGCGCCGUCCUCGUCGUCUGCGCCGUCCAGCAGCAGCUCUGCGCCGUCUUCGUCGUCUGCGCCGUCCAGCAGCAGCUCUGCGCCGUCUUCGUCGUCUGCGCCGUCCAGCAGCAGCUCCGCGCCGUCCUCGUCGUCUGCGCCGUCCAGCAGCAGCUCCGCGCCGUCCUCGUCGUCUGCACCGUCCAGCAGCAGCUCUGCGCCGUCCUCGUCGUCUGCACCGUCCAGCAGCAGCUCUGCGCCGUCCUCGUCGUCUGCGCCGUCCAGCAGCAGCUCCGCGCCGUCCUCGUCGUCUGCACCGUCCAGCAGCAGCUCUGCGCCGUCCAGCAGCAGCUCUGCGCCGUCCUCGUCGUCUGCGCCGUCCAGCAGCAGCUCUGCGCCGUCCUCGUCGUCUGCACCGUCCAGCAGCAGCUCUGCGCCGUCCUCGUCGUCUGCGCCGUCCUCGUCGUCUGCACCGUCCAGCAGCAGCUCUGCGCCGUCCUCGUCGUCUGCGCCGUCCAGCAGCAGCUCCGCGCCGUCUUCGUCGUCUGCGCCGUCCAGCAGCAGCUCCGCGCCGUCCUCGUCGUCUGCGCCGUCCAGCAGCAGCUCUGCGCCGUCCUCGUCGUCUGCGCCGUCCAGCAGCAGCUCUGCGCCGUCCUCGUCGUCUGCACCGUCCAGCAGCAGCUCUGCGCCGUCCUCGUCGUCUGCGCCGUCCAGCAGCAGCUCCGCGCCGUCCUCGUCGUCUGCACCGUCCAGCAGCAGCUCUGCGCCGUCCUCGUCGUCUGCGCCGUCCAGCAGCAGCUCCGCGCCGUCCUCGUCGUCUGCACCGUCCAGCAGCAGCUCUGCGCCGUCCUCGUCGUCUGCGCCGUCCAGCAGCAGCUCCGCGCCGUCCUCGUCGUCUGCGCCGUCCAGCAGCAGCUCCGCGCCGUCCUCGUCGUCCGCGCCGUCCAGCAGCAGCUCUGCUCCGUCCUCGUCGUCUGCACCGUCCAGCAGCAGCUCUGCGCCGUCCUCGUCGUCCGCGCCGUCCAGCAGCAGCUCUGCGCCGUCCUCGUCGUCUGCGCCGUCCAGCAGCAGCUCUGCGCCGUCUUCGUCGUCUGCGCCGUCCAGCAGCAGCUCUGCGCCGUCCUCGUCGUCUGCACCGUCCAGCAGCAGCUCUGCGCCGUCCUCGUCGUCUGCGCCGUCCAGCAGCAGCUCCGCGCCGUCCUCGUCGUCUGCACCGUCCAGCAGCAGCUCUGCGCCGUCCUCGUCGUCUGCACCGUCCAGCAGCAGCUCUGCGCCGUCCUCGUCGUCUGCGCCGUCCAGCAGCAGCUCUGCGCCGUCCUCGUCGUCUGCACCGUCCAGCAGCAGCUCUGCGCCGUCCUCGUCGUCUGCGCCGUCCAGCAGCAGCUCCGCGCCGUCUUCGUCGUCUGCGCCGUCCAGCAGCAGCUCUGCGCCGUCUUCGUCGUCUGCGCCGUCCAGCAGCAGCUCUGCGCCGUCCUCGUCGUCUGCACCGUCCAGCAGCAGCUCUGCGCCGUCCUCGUCGUCUGCGCCGUCCUCGUCUUCUGCACCGUCCAGCAGCAGCUCUGCGCCGUCCUCGUCGUCUGCGCCGUCCAGCAGCAGCUCCGCGCCGUCUUCGUCGUCUGCGCCGUCCAGCAGCAGCUCCGCGCCGUCCUCGUCGUCUGCGCCGUCCAGCAGCAGCUCUGCGCCGUCCUCGUCGUCUGCGCCGUCCAGCAGCAGCUCCGCGCCGUCCUCGUCGUCUGCACCGUCCAGCAGCAGCUCUGCGCCGUCUUCGUCGUCUGCGCCGUCCAGCAGCAGCUCUGCGCCGUCCUCGUCGUCUGCACCGUCCAGCAGCAGCUCUGCGCCGUCUUCGUCGUCCGCGCCGUCCAGCAGCAGCUCUGCGCCGUCCUCGUCGUCUGCGCCGUCCAGCAGCAGCUCCGCGCCGUCCUCGUCGUCUGCGCCGUCCAGCAGCAGCUCCGCGCCGUCUUCGUCGUCUGCGCCGUCCAGCAGCAGCUCCGCGCCGUCCUCGUCGUCUGCGCCGUCCAGCAGCAGCUCUGCGCCGUCUUCGUCGUCCGCGCCGUCCAGCAGCAGCUCUGCGCCGUCCUCGUCGUCUGCGCCGUCCAGCAGCAGCUCCGCGCCGUCCUCGUCGUCUGCACCGUCCAGCAGCAGCUCUGCGCCGUCC